UGUAAUAUACAAUGCUUCUUGGUACACUUCUUCCACACACAUCAGCAUUUUCUUUAAGCGUUGCUGCUUGUUAACAUCAGCUAUGGGGACACGCAUGAAUGACUCAAGCGUAUUUGUCAACGGGUCUUUGCCUUUUUCUGAGACCCCUGUGUUCUCUCAGGACAUGCUAAUAACGUUUCUCUUAGGCGCUGUCCUGGCUCUGAUGUUUCUAGUGGGUACUGCUGGAAACGUGUACACCCUGGUGGUGAUGAACAUUGCGAUACGAGUAACCGGCACUAUGUACAUCUACAUCGUGAACUUGGCAUUAGCCGACCUGCUCUACCUGUGCACUAUUCCAUUUGUGGUGUGCACUUACUUCGCAAAAGACUGGUAUUUUGGUGACAUUGGCUGCCGCGUGCUCUUCAGCCUCGACUUCCUGACUAUGCACGCCAGCAUCUUCAUGCUGACCGUGAUGAGUACGGAACGCUAUGUGGCCGUGCUCAGACCUCUGGACACCUUCACUCGUUCCAGGCACUACAGACGCGCACUCACCUGUGCCGUCUGGCUUGUCUCCUUCACUCUUUCUCUCCCCACCAUGAUCAUGAUCGAGCUCCGGACGAGCCUCCGAGACGGGCUUGAGAAGCGGAUUUGCCACCCCACCUGGCAGAUGACUGCCUACAAAGUCUACCUGACCAUCCUCUUCAACACCUGUAUCCUGGCGCCUGGAUGCGUCAUCGGGUUCCUCUAUCUCAAGUUAGCCAGAACUUACUGGACGUCCCAAACCACGGUGUUCUCCGCCUCCAGAGAUUCAAGCAGGACUAAAUGCCACAAACAGAAAGUACUAUACAUGAUCUUCGGUAUAGUUCUUACGUACUGGGCAUGUUUUGUGCCUUUCUGGUUAUGGCAGCUGCUUAGCGUUUAUUAUUUCGAACAUGAGAAGCUCUCUCAUAAAACGAUGGUGUGCGUGAACUUCAUUGUGACUUGUCUGGCUUACAGCAACAGCUGCAUCAACCCUUUUCUGUACACGCUGCUGACCAGAAACUACCAGGAGUAUCUGAGAGACAGGCAGAAGUGCAGCACUGGGUUUAAAAAGAGAUUCCAUCGUUCAUCUCAGAGGUCUGUGUCAUCUGGGAGUCACCAGUUUACACUUUAAUGCCUGAAAGAAAACAUUGAAGGUUUUUACCCGCUGCUCUUAAGCAGAUGAACCUUAUUUAUAUCGUAGCUAACAUUCUGUUUGGAAAGAAUUUUCUGGAAAUUAGACGAGACAUUUUAAAAGAAAGGAAAUGACCAGACCAGGAAAAGAAAAAACCCUUUACAGGAUGAACCACAGAAUAUAAUAUAUGUGUUUAAUAUAUUUAGUUUUUUUGUAGAACAUGAGACUGAGGAUUAGGUGUGAUCUUGGAUGAAGCUUAAAAAGAAAAUCGAAAUACUUUAGUAUUUUAAUGCAAUUAGGCAAAAUAUUUUACGUUGUUUUUAGAUCUUGCCGGGAAACAGACAUAACAAUCGGUGUGGAAAUUUUAAGACGGUUCGAUUUUAUUCAGAUGUUUUUUUUAAACUAUAGUUUAGAAAAUGUCUCCUUUUAGAAAUUAGGUACUAAUCCUACAGUUUUCUAUUCAAAACAGAGAGGUUUGUGUAGCUUGUGAUAAUUUACAUGCUUUUCUGAUUCACUAAAUGACUGAUUUUCAGAAAAUGAAAGCCUCUAAUACUCCUGUAACUGACAACAUGUGACACCCGUGAUCAAUGUCUCAAUAACAAUAUUAAGGCUCCAUAAGCUACUAUUACACGGCGUCCAGAUACACAGACAUAAUAGUUUUACGUGUUCAAGAGUGCGAAAAGUUAUAGACUGUUAAAUUGUAGCUUUUUGUAUGAUUACAUUAUCUUAUUAAACCUAACAAAAUUUAUUUAAAAAAAACAACAACAACAAACAAAC